ACCAGCCACAGCCAAGCGAACAGAGUGUUACAAAUAUAAUAAUGAUUAGUCUCUCUAAUUGAAACAUCGGAUGUGACCCGGGUUAAAAAUCCAAAUGCUUACCUAAACCACUUUAACUGGUGCUAAUGAAAAGUAAAAAAAAAUCCAAAUGCUUACUGACACCACUAGGCCAUAAUGCUUACUGAUAAACAAUACCAUAAUGGGCGUACAUUUUGUUCUUUUCAUGAAUUACACAAAACAAAGUAAUCAACAACUGGCAUUAGGCUAAUUGCUCUCAGAAAUCACAUUAGGAAAAUUUUACUAUAUUGUUUUUGACUGAUGUGCUGCAGAGGUUAUCCGUUGUGGUAUACUAUAUUAAUUAGUCUUGUAGCUACUGUUAAAGACGCUUCAAGGGGUUUAGCUGUCAAUAGCCCAGUAAAAUAAGAACCCCUCGCAUGGACCGCAAUAAUCCCCAUCUCCACGCCCAGUAAAAUAAGAACCCCUCGCAUGGGACCGCAAUAAUCCCCAUCUCCACACCCGUCGGCCGUCGCCAUCUGCUGAGGAGUGAGGAGUUCGAGCUCGAGCUCGAGCUCUGAGUAACCGGCGGCCCGGCCCAAGGACCGCCCCGUGCUCCACAGGGGGGAUCCGGCUGAUGCGGCGGCAAUGGGCGUCUGGGAUUCCAUCCUCCCCGGCGGCGGCCGGCGCUUCAUCAAGCGCAAGGACAGCGACGCCGGCGAGGCAGAUCCCGGCUUUCAGUGCUUCGCUGGUGGAAUGGUGUGUGCGCGCGUGAGGAAGAGAGAGCCUGAACUGCUUCAUUUGAGCAGGUGCUCCAUGGUAGGGCACUAGAGGAACUGAGGGGCUCACUGUAUAAUGACUUCCAUACUUCGGAAGGGGCCAAGCGCCAGCAGCAGAGGUUUUGUGGCCCUAUCAUUGCGCUGACGUUCAACUUUGUAGUUGCCGUUGGGAUCAUCAUGGCAAACAAAAUGGUGAUGGGCACUGUUGGAUUUAAUUUCCCAGUUGCACUGUCGUUAAUUCAUUACCUCUUUGCUUGGGCUCUAAUGGCUGUCCUCAAGGCAUUAUACUUGCUGCCAAUUGCUCCUCCUUCGAAAUCCACUCCUUUCUCCUCAUUAUUUGCUUUGGGUGCUGUCAUGUCUUUCUCCACUGGGCUUGCCAAUAUCAGCUUAAAGCAUAAUAGUGUUGGUUUCUAUCAGAUGGCUAAGAUAGCUGUAACUCCAACAAUAGUUGUAGCAGAAUUUAUUCUUUUCCGGAAAAAAGUUUCUCUUCAAAAGGUUGUCACGCUGGUUGUUGUCUCAUUUGGUGUGGCUAUUGCAACUGUUACUGAUUUGGAGUUCAAUUUUUUUGGUGCUUGUGUAGCACUAGCUUGGAUUAUUCCUAGCGCUGUGAACAAAAUCCUGUGGUCAAAUUUACAACAGAUUGGAAAUUGGACAGCUCUUGCGUUAAUGUGGAAGACGACCCCAAUUACCAUAUUUUUCUUUAUUGUUUUGAUGCCAUUGCUGGAUCCUCCAGGUCUUUUGUCUUUCAAUUGGGAUUUUAAGAACAGCAGUGCAAUUAUUAUAUCUGCUUUGUUUGGUUUUCUUCUUCAGUGGUCUGGUGCUUUGGCACUUGGUGCAACUUCGGCUCUCGCUCAUGUUGUGCUAGGUCAAUUCAAGACAAUUGUUAUUAUGCUCUCUGGUUAUCUGGUAUUUAACUCUGAUCCUGGAUUCACCAGCCUCUGCGGAGCUAUCAUUGCCCUCGCUGGGAUGUCAGUGUAUACUUACCUAGGGAUGAAAGGGUCAGGUACCAGUGGUAGGAGAAAUUCCUUAAAUUUGCGGCCAAAUUCUCAUUUGCUGAAGUCCAAGGUUAUUACAGAUGGAGAAAAGCAGGAAACAAGGACUGUCGAUUCUGUAUAAGUUUUCGAAUUGCCAUCCUGCAUGGUUUAAGAAUCCAUUGGAAGCAGCACUGAAGAGGCAGUAGGAGAGCGAAAGUUUAACACUUUGAGUAGCAGGUUUAUAAAAAAAAACACUUUGCGUAGCCGUACUUUGAGUUCGCGUUCUCUAAUUCUUGCUUAUUCAUAGAGUGCUAUUAUUCUUAUUGGUCAACUUUAUUCGUUGUUGAUCAGAUUCGUUGAUGUAGGAUUGGUUCUAGUUUUAGGAAAUUUUGGUGAAUUGUUCUACCCUUGUGUCAUGUUAUUUGUAUUGUGGAUUCUGUUUAUUAGAAAAUGGAUGAACAACAGCUGACAGGGAGCCCUGGUUGAAUUUGAUCUUAUGCAAGGGUGACCUGGUCGGAUUCUA